GCGAUCGUUUAGUGUGUACGAAGUGCCUGUUUCAAGAUCCGAUAAGAUCAACCCAGAGUUGCCUAACAAACUCGGCUCACCUCAAAUUUUGCCAGCGGUCCUGCCUUGGCCAAGUGUCGCGACUCAGGGAAAGCUGGUGCAGCGAUGGCCUUGAUCCUACUCGUACAAAUGAUUGCAUUUGCCCAGAUCAGAACCGGCGAAAGUGCUGGGAGGGAAUUAACAUAUUUCUUCCUUCGUCUUCAUCGGUACUAGCUCAGCCUCGCAGUGGCAUGAUCUACGUCAUGAUUGCAGCCAGCUUUACUGAUCGUGUCUCGCUGUUGACCCGUGUUCUUUUUAUCAUAGACUCAUGAUCGCAUAUGACGCUCGCCUUACUACGAGUAUCUAGAAGGCAUAAACUGUCACCUUGCUUCUUCGCGUUGUCGAAGAUGGCGGCCUCUACGUACUCACCGCAGGCAGCAAAAGUGACCUCGGUGGAAGCAAUGCCAGAAGGUGAAUCAAAAUGGAUCACCUUGAAGAAGAUCACAUAUAGAGACCCAGCAGGAAAACAAAGACUAUGGGAGUCGGCGGAGAGACUGACAAGGCCCGAGAACAGCGAAGUUGACGCAGUUGGGGUAGUUGCAGUGCUCAACGAUCCAAAGUCCUCCAAAGGUCCUUCAUUACUGCUUCAGAAGCAAUUCCGACCGGCUGUCAACAAAGUCGCGAUCGAAGUCCCCUCUGGCCUCAUAGAUGAAGGAGAAGAUCCUAAGACCACUGCCAUCCGUGAGCUUAAAGAAGAGACGGGUUAUAUUGGCACAAUUCCACAAGAUGCAAAGGCAGCCGAGGGGUUCUUGAUGUUUAAUGAUCCAGGGUUCUGCAACACCAACACCAAGAUGGUUGUUGUAGAAGUGGAUAUGUCUGAUCCUCGAAACCAGGAGGGCAACCUAGAGCCCGAGUUGGAGGAAGGAGAGUACAUUGAGACAUUCUCGCUACCUCUGGACAACAUGUGGAAUGAGCUGGGUGAACUUGAGAAACAAGGAUACGCGAUAGAUGCUCGUGUUGGUACUCUGGCUCAGGGGAUGGAGAUGGCGAGAAAUUGGAAAGAGGUGCUGAACAGGUCUCCGGCCUAGCAGACAAAACAGCAUUUUGGGCCAAGUAGCAGUUCUGGACAUAUUUAUAGACAUGGGAUAUUCAGUAUCUGCCCUUAUUUAAAUUAUUGAUCUCCAUACUCAAUAGAAGUAUUCCG